AAUGCCAUCAACGUCAAGAUAUAAGUGCUACUUUGAUUGUGACAAUGACGGCCCAUUGCACCGAUUUCCUAAACCUGAAUACCCACAUUUGGAAAAGUUUAACUCGUGGAAAAAAGUACUAGAUAAAGCUUUACAAGAGAAAGGCGACAUCUACAUUUAUAACCAAAUUCGAUUUUGCGACAGACAUUUUGAAGAGUGUUACCGUUCAGCCAGUCACCGACUUACUCCAAAUGCAAUACCAACUCUAGAUUUAUCUACAUUACCAGUUGGUCAAACUCUUGAAGGUCCAUCGGGACAUGUCGAGGCAGACAUGUCGAAUUUAUUAAACAUUUCGCAAGAUAAACUUGCUGUCAUUGAGCCAUCCAGCUCUACCCACUAUCAUAGUGAUGUACAGAAUGCAUUACAGACAGCUGAACGCCCUAAAGGUUCUAGGAAAAGAGGGACUUGUCAAUAUUUAAAACGAGUCGUCACCUCCAAAGAGAAGGAGAUAAUAAAGUUAAAACAGAAAGUAUUGAAGCUGAAAAAGAAAUAUAAGGAACAAAAUAACAAGAAACUCUCUGCAAGGAAAAUUUCCACAUCAAAAUCAUUUUUGAAAGAGUUAAAUAAAAUGCCUGCAACAAUAAAAAUAUUUACUUCCCUCCAAAUGAAAUGGAAAAAGAAACCACGAGGCAGGCGAUUUACAUUUAACGAAAAAUCAUGGCAUUGACCAUUUACAAACAGAGUCAGAAAGCUUACAACCUCAUGCGAAAAAUGUUUGUCUUGCCAUCAAAGCGCAGCCUACAAAAAUGUUGAGUAAAUUUGAACUGAAACCAGGCUUCAAUCCUGAUAUAUUUAAAAUUUAAAAGCUACAGUAGCAAAAUUGCCGGCAGAAAAAAAGUUGGUCAAUUUACUGUUUGAUGAGGUAUCAUUGGCUCCGGGUGUUUUUUACAACCCUGCCCUAAAACAGAUAACUGGUUUUGAAGAUUUUGGGCACAGACAAACAAAAAAACUCGCAGAUCAUGCCUUGGUCUUUAUGAUCAAGGGUAUAAAAAGCAAAGUGAAACAACCUUUAUGCUUUUCAUUUUGCCAAGGUGCCACGAAAAAGGACGAUUUAAAGAAGCUGAUCAAAACAAUAAUAAAAGAAAUCUCCAAUACUGGAUUGAUAGUUAUUGCCACUAUAUGUGACCAAUCAGCCACAAAUAUUUCUGUGAUAAAAAGUCUUCAAGAAGACACAAAACGCAAAUAUUUACAAGAGGGUAAUGAAUAUAGGACCCAAGCCUUCGAGUUUGAAGACCAAAAGGUCUUCCCAUUAUUUGAUCCUCCACAUCUUUUAAAGGGAAUGAGAAAUAAUUUACUCGCCAAACAUUUGAAAUUUGUACAAGAUGGGAAAACAAAGUAUGCAAAGUGGGAACAUUUGGAGAUGCUGUUGAAGUUAGAUGUUGGGGAUGAUGAAAUUAGGCUUGUUAAUAAAUUAACAGAAAACCAUGUUAAUAAAGAGAAAAUUCCAAAAAUGAAAGUGAAAUAUGCUGCACAAGUUUUCAGCCAAAGGGUAUCAUCAGCAUUGAGAUUCUUAGCAAAACACAACCUUCUUCCGGCGGAGUGCGAAGAAACUGCUGAUUUUCUACUCAUUA